ACGCUGGGAAGGACAGCGCGACGCACAGACUACGACACGACAGACAGAAACAUACAAGCACCUCCAGUUUGGAUAUGGAUGGGGAUCGCCUGCUGUUUGAUCCGCUGGGGCACAUGGCGGCUGAGUCGUCACGGCCGCCGCCCACGCCAGAGCACAGCAGCCAGCGGCCACAGGCGCACGAGAGACAAGGGCAGCAGUCGCGUUCGCGCAGGAAAUCGAGCCGGCAGGGAGUUGGAGACAGGAGGGGUAAAUCAAAGAAGAACAGGAAGCAUAGCAGCAGUCAACGUGACAACUCCAAAACAAAGGAUGAGGUGGUUGGCGGCAGUGGUGAUGGAAGGCAAGCGCGGGAGCAACAGCGAGACGGAGGAGCAAGGGAGCAGGGUGGCGUACCAUCUCACGGUACUGAGCAGCAGCAGCAGCAGCAGCAGAAUGCAGGGCAACAGAUCAAAGACUCGCACAGGAGCGGCGCGCAGCACGCGCUGCGAGCUGAACAACAUGAACAGAGGCAGAUGCCGCCACAGCAACAACCCGAACAAGGCAACUCGCGACGGUCAUCUGCGUCGUUUCCGAAAGUGCUGCGUGCCGGCGGCACAAUGGGGCGGUCGGCAGCCAAGGGGGUGCAGUCGUUUGCGUCCUCGCUCUUCUCAAGAACACCCGGUCGCCGCACGGGCAGUUGGAGUCGCACUGCGUCCUCGGAUGCUGGUGCGUCGUCCAGUCAGCGCAAGGGCACACCCCGCAGCGGCCGCCGACGAAAGGCACCAAUUCAUGGCGUCAUCUUUCUGCACAUUGGCGGAACGAGAGAUCUGAGCGUGCGGGAGGUUGCUGAUUUUGUCGUCGGCAUGUACUUGGAUGACCAGCUCAAGGCAACGACGACAGUGAAGACCAACACUGCGCAGCCGGCGUGGAAUGAGGAGUUCAGCAUCGAGUGGUCGACAUCCGAUGCUCCGCUCUUUCUCGAGCUGCGCUUGCACGACCAGGGCCGGUUGAGUGGGGACACGCUGCUUGGUCUCGUGCGCAUUCCUGUUGGCGUCAAACAGAAGCUGCGGCGCACAGAGUGGGCGCAGUUUCGACCCCUGAGGAACGGGCGGAUCGAUGUGAGCGGCGCAAGCAUCAAGCUGGAUUUUACCGUCAACAACCCAAAGGGCAUCAGCGAAACAGAUUAUGCCCGGUUUCGCCACUUCUGCCGCCAGCACCGCUUCGAUCUCCCCAUCCUCCUCGACUCCCCUGCGGAGGGGGAGGACAGUGCUGUGCGCGAUGACGGGUGCACUGUUGGGUUCCUCCCUGGUCCCGAUGAAGAGAUUGAGGUGUGGAAGGACGACGUGUUUGUUGCUGUUGGGCAGCGACAGGCGCGCGGAACAGUGAUCCUGACCAACUACCGGCUGGUGGUGAUGGAACAGCUGCUGGAGAAAAGAUCCGCACGAAAGGGGCGUGGUCUGCAGCUGCUGAUGGACAGCGUGUCCGAUGAAGACGCAGUUGUUGUCAGCACACGUGCGGCAUGGCUUGCACAGCAGCAGCAGCAGCAGCAGCAGCAGCUGGCGCGAGUGGCGAAUCAGGAACAUGCACAGGCAGCAGAACAAGAAGUCACAUCUGAGCCAGCGGCAGACCAACGACAGACGUCAAGCGAAGUGCAGUCCAUGCUGUCAUUCGAAGGGUGCACCAUGUACAGCAGCGACAACAACGAUGACAGAGACGACGACGAUGAUGACGAUGACGAUGGUGGUAGUGGUGGUGGCGGUGUUACGAGUGGUGCGAGUAGCAGGCGUGACAGCCAGAGCAACGUGCUCAACAACAGUGAUGACGAUGACGACGAUGGUGCUGGUGGUGGUGAUACGGGCACGAACACUCCCACCCUUGUUGAUCGUGAAAGCAAUGACGGUGGUGGUGGUGGUGGUGACACGGGGGUGCUGUUCCUGGGGAAUGAGCUGAGCUUGAACAUGUGUGUACCGCUUGGCCUGUUGCAGAGCGUGUCCAUCACCGAUGAUGUCAUCUAUCAGCCGACGCGCGACAAUGACAACGACAGCACGGGCGACGCAAUUGCCGUUGUUGGAGCCAGCGAUGUGCAGGUCCACACUGGCGGUGGUGGCCGGAACAACGGCGCUACCAAUGGUGGAGGUGGUGACGAUGAUGAUGAUGUUGAUGAUGACGGCAACAGCGCCGUGUCCUCAAACUUGACGGAAUUGUUUGGCAAAAUGCGCUCCUUUGGCAGCGAACUCUUUGGCAACGCAGGUGGUGAUGGCGAUGAUGGCGGUAGCGAGGGUGGUCGUGCGAGGGGCACUGGACACCGAUCAAGCUCAGCAGUAGCAGCAACAUCAUCAUCUGCAGCAGCGCGGACGGCAACAGCCUCCAGCGCGACGACAACAGCGACCACACCAGCAGCAGCCGUGGUUGGUCGUGGUGGUGAUGGCCGUGUCCUGUUUUCUCAACUGCAGCGCACGGAUUCAGAUUCCGUAUUGAGUGGCGACGACAGCCUGUUUGCAACACCGCCAAUGCCUGGCAGCCCCAUUACCCCCACGCGUGCGCAGAGUGGUUGGGGUGGGGAUGAGAGCGAGGCAGCCACGCCCCUUUCGCCACCUAAACGCCAGCAGGCCGGGUUUACGUUUCGAAUUCAGUGCAAAGACAUGCGCACGCUCGCCAUCACCUUUGCCGCCGGCCGCAGCGGCAGCAGACGCAACGUGCAGAACCUGAUCACCAUGUUUGGGCGGCGACUGGAGGAUGCGAUGGGCAGCAGCACGGAGGUGAUGGCGCUACAUCGUGGCCGCACGUCCCGAACACGUGAUUGGUCGCUCUACAACCCGACCGCCGAGUUCAGGCGGCAGGGCAUCUACGAUGACUCUGGUGACCAUCCACACCCGCACCCCUGGACCACCACGCGUAUGAACGAGGCCUACACCGUGUGCCCAACAUACCCAUCUAUGCUUUAUGUUCCACGAGCGAUACCAGAGAGCGUGCUGCGUGGCUCGGCCGUGUUUCGCAGCAGCCAGCGCCUUCCUGUGCUCACGUGGUACUCAAACCGCAACGGCGGUGCACGUGCCAUCAUCAGGUGCGCCCAGCCGCUGGUCGGGGCUGUUGCGCGCAAGAGCGACGACGACAUUGCGCUGGUGUCGCAACUCCGCAAGAUGGGAUCGAACCCGGAUCACAUCGUCAUAUGCGACGCGCGCUCGCUCCUCGCGGCCGGGGGUAACCGCGUCCUGGGAAAGGGCAGCGAGGACCCGAGCGUGUACCCGCACAUCAAGAUGUACUUUAUGAGCAUCGGCAACAUCCACGCCGUGCGGCAGUCGUACGAGGCGUUACAGGACCUGUGUGCGCGCGGAUCAGAGAAGAAGUGGUACGGCAAACUCGAGGCAACGGGGUGGCUCGCACACACUCGCAGCAUCCUCAGCGCGGCGCGGGUGAUUGCACGCAAGGUGGAGCAGCUUGGUGUGUCGGCGAUUGUCCACUGCAGUGAUGGCUGGGACCGCACGUCACAGCUCGUGGCACUGGCGCAAAUCAUGCUCGACCCGUUUUUCCGCACCCUGGACGGCUUCAUUGUCCUCAUUGAGAAGGACUGGCUGUCCUUCGGCCACAAGUUCCGCGCGCGUGUGGGCAGCCGCGAUCAACCGGCAGAAAACUCCCCCAUCUUCCUCCAGUUUCUUGAUUGCGUGUGGCAGUUCGUUCGCCAGGCGCCAAACGCGUUUGAGUUUACCGGCGAUUUGCUCCUGUUCCUGGCGGACCACUGCCAGAGCGGGUGGUUUGGAACGUUUUGCUACGACUGCGAGGCGCAGCGCAUACGCAAUUCGCUCUCGCAGCGGUCGGCGUCUGUGUGGAGCCACGUCGCUGCCUGCAGGCAACACUACACCAACAGCAACUACACCCGCACCGCCACCGUCAUCUUUCCCUCAUGCAGCAUGAAGCGCAUUGUGCUGUGGGAGGACUACUUCCUCCGUUACGACUCCACUCGAACAGAGGACAUCCUAGAGGAGGAGGAGCCCACGACGUUCAUGUGGGUUGAUGACAAGCACGCGCGUGUGUGCAAGGACUGCGGCCUCGGCUUCACCGUAUUCCGUCGCAGGCACCAUUGCCGCGCGUGCGGGCACGUGUUCUGCCACACGUGUUCCAAUCGCUGGAUGGAGCUUCCGCAGCACGGCUUCAAGGGCAAACAGCGGGUCUGUGAAUCGUGCUACCAGCGCAUGAUCACGUCAUAGGCCGUGCGCUACCGCUGCCGUCAUGUGCUCCAACUGUCACUGACUGGUCUUGCGCAACAUGGCGUGUGUGUCUGUGUGUCCGCAUUUGUUUUAGAGUUAGUCACGUGUUUCCCAGCCAGGUAGUUGUUGUUUUGAGAUGUUGUAACCUUCUUCUUCGCGUGUUCAUAAAACUGUGCACUGCAUGGUCCCAACAAAGAGAUUCACCAAUUUCGAACUGUGGGGCAACUUGGCAUUUAUUUCAUUCAUAUUCAGUUAAAUUCAUUCAACCA